AUGGAGUUCGAGGCCACCGCCGCGCAGGCGCCGAGGAGGGACGCCAGGAAGCUGGUGAGGUGCCCGAGGCUGCAGCUCGACGCCAAGACGGUCACGGCGGUCGAGCAGUCCACCGGCACGUCCAUCGCCGACCCGGCGCCGGUCGCCGCCGGCCCGGGCGGCGGCGCGAUGCGCGUCAAGGUCGUGCUGAGCAAGCAGCAGCUCAAGCAGGUGGCCGCGGCCGUCGCCGCCGGCGGCGCCUUUGCGCUGCCGCCCGCGCUGGAGCAGCUGGUGAGCGCUCUCAAGCGGCAGCACGCGAAGAAGCAGGCGGCCGCGGCGGCCGAGGAGGCUGCUGCCGCGAGAGCGAGACGCCAGGGGCGGUGGUCGCCGGCGUUGCACAGCAUCCCGGAGGAUAUCUUCAGCUAG